AUGUCCUGGAGGGCCAUCGAUAAGCUAAACCAACAAUCUAACGAUGCGUAUCAUUGGAUUCUGGUGGAAGUAAGAAAAGCUCGGAUCCAGUUGGUUGCUGGUUACAAAUAUACCAUCGAUGCGAUCAUCGCGCAGUCCAACUGCCCCAAAAAUGUUUGUUCACAACUCAUCCUAUAUUCAUUAAAGAAGUUAAUUCCCUCACUUUGA